AUGAACGGGAAAAGCAAGAACGAGGGCAGUUCUAGCAGGAAGGAGAGGCCCCAGAAAAGAGGUGGAGGUGGGCGCUUUGAACCUUAUGGAAAUGUCAACAAGAGAUACCGAGUGUUUGUCAGCAACAUCCCCUACGAUGUGAAAUGGCAAGCCCUGAAAGACCUAAUGAAAGACAAAGUGGGUGAGGUAACGUACGUGGAACAAAUAAUGGACGCAGAAGGCAAAUCAAGGGGUUGGGCUGUGGUAGAGUUUAGGACUGAAGAACUGAUGAAGAAAGCAGUGGAGAAGGUCAACAAGCACAACCUCAAUGGCCGCCCCCUGAAAGUGAAAGAAGAUCCUGAUGGUGUGCUCGCGCAAUGGAAAAUGAGCAAGGGACAAGGAAGUGGAGGGCCUCAUGGUGGCAUGGGUGGGAUGGAUCGCAUGAACAUGGAUAGAAUGGGUCCUGGACCAAAUGGACCUAUGAUCAAUAUCCCUCCCAGCUUGAUGAACAAUGCCAACAUUCCCAUGGAGAUCAUCCAUGGUCUUCAAGCAGGGAGAAUUGGCAACACAGUCUUUGUUGCGAAUCUGGACUACAAAGUGGGCUGGAAGAAGCUGAAAGAGGUGUUCAGCAUGGCUGGCUUAGUAGUGAGAGCUGACAUCCUUGAAGACAAGGAGGGCAAGAGCAGAGGGAUGGGAACCGUAACAUUCGACAUGCCCAUUGAAGCUGUCCAAGCUGUCUCAAUGUUCAAUCAGCAGCUGUUGUUCAAUCGAAUCAUGCAUGUAAAACUGGAUGAGAAGUCUAUGCCCAAAGAUUUUGGACCACCUGACAGAGGUUCAUCUCUUCCACGUGGUUUAAGUGGUAUUGGUUUGGGCUUGGGACCUGGUGGCCAGCCUAUUGAUGCUACCCAGCUUAAUAGAGGCGGCGGUGGAAUGGGCAACAUGGGCAUCGGAGGAAUGGAUGGAAUGGGCUUUGGCAACAUGGGAAAUCGUAUGGGAGGAAUGGACAACUUUGGAGGAAUGAACAACAUGGAUCGUUUUGGCUCUUCUGGAAUGGGCAGAAUGAAUGAGAUGGACCGAGGUAUUGGUGGUGGCUUUGACCGUGAGUUUGGUCGAAAUGAUAUGGGCAUGCCUCGCAAUAGUUUUGGAGAUUCCUUUGAUCGAGGUUUAGGGAAUUCAAUGGGUAUGGACCGCAUGAAUUCUGGCAUGGACCGUCUUGGAGCUAACAUGGAUCGUGUUGGAGGAAUGGAUCGAAUGGGCAUGGACAGGAUGGACCGCAUAUCCGACCUGGACAGGAUGGGCUCUGGCUUUGACCGACUGGGUACCGGGAUGGACAGGCUGGGGCCUAGUAUGGACAGGCUUGGAGGUGGCCUUGACCGGAUGAGCUCUUCAAUGGAUCGCCUCGGCCCAACUGGGUUCGACCGCUUGGGUCCAUCAAAUCUGGAUCGCAUGGGUUCUGGUCUGGAAUUUGGCUCCCCAAUGGGUAUGGAUCGCGUGGGCAGCACUGGGCUCGACAGAAUGUCCAGCAAUUUUGACCGCAUGGGCUCUGCUGGAGGUCUUGACCGCUUUCCAUCUGGAGGCCUCGAUCGUAUGAGCUCUGGAAUGGAUCGGAUGGGAUCUGGCGGUGUUGGUGGUCAGUUUGACCGUUCUACAGACCUGGAUCGCGGGUUCGGUGGCAAUUCCUUUGGAGGCGCAGGGGUAGGAGGCCCUGGAGGUGGAGUAGGAAAUCCCAGAAAGGGUUGCCAGAUCUUUGUCCGCAAUCUUCCAUUUGACUUUGACUGGAAGAUGCUCAAAGACACCUUCAAUGCAUGUGGCAUGGUCCAGUAUGCUGAUAUCAAGACUGAUAAUGGAAAGUCCAAGGGUUGUGGCGUGGUCCGCUUUGACAACCCGGAGACUGCUGAUCGUGCAUGUCGUACCAUGAAUGGCUAUCGUCUCAACGGGAGAGAAAUUGAUGUUCGAAUGGAUAGGAAUGCAUAG